AUUCUCACCACACACCCACCCUGGAACAUUCAGACUGCGCUUUCAUGGUCGACAAUGAGGCAAUCUUUGACAUCUGCCGGCGCAACCUUGACAUUGAAAGGCCCACCUACACGAAUCUCAACAGGCUCAUCGGCCAGAUCGUCUCCUCCAUCACCGCCUCUCUGCGGUUCGAUGGUGCCCUGAACGUCGACCUGACAGAGUUCCAGACCAACUUGGUGCCCUACCCUCGCAUCCACUUCCCCCUCGUCACCUAUGCUCCAGUCAUCUCUGCUGAGAAAGCCUACCACGAGCAGCUGACGGUCGCUGAGAUCACAAACUCCUGCUUUGAGCCUGCCAACCAGAUGGUAAAGUGUGACCCUCGCCACGGAAAGUACAUGGCCUGCUGUCUCCUGUACCGAGGGGAUGUUGUGCCUAAGGAUGUAAAUGCUGCUAUUGCGGCCAUCAAGACCAAGCGCACGAUCCAGUUUGUGGACUGGUGCCCCACUGGAUUCAAGGUUGGCAUCAACUACCAGCCCCCGACUGUUGUACCCGGUGGCGACCUCGCCAAGGUCCAGCGUGCUGUGUGCAUGCUUUCAAACACAACAGCCAUUGCUGAGGCCUGGGCACGUCUCGACCACAAGUUCGACCUCAUGUAUGCCAAGCGGGCGUUUGUCCACUGGUAUGUCGGCGAAGGCAUGGAGGAGGGAGAGUUCUCCGAAGCCAGGGAGGACUUGGCUGCCCUAGAGAAGGAUUACGAGGAGGUCGGCAUCGACUCUGCCGAUGGUGCGGAGGAUGAUGGUGGCGAGGAGUUUUGAAAAGCAUUUGUUCCCUCCUGCUCGGGGCCAUGGAAUAAAAGAGCAGUUUUGAUUGCCUGAAA